UCUCUCCUCUGCCUACUGUCGUGUCUCCUGUCCUGAACAGCUGGCCGAAAAGGCUGAUUGCGUCUUGGCUGCGGAGGAAACAGCGAGCAGACUCCACUUACUCUAGCCAAACGGAGCAGCGUCUGCCCAGGAAAUAUUCUCCACUCUCUGGACUGGAUGGGAAGAAGGAGAAUCUUUGACCUUGGAAAAUGAAGAUGCUGUUGCCAUGGGAACUGUUAAUCCUUCUGUCACUCAAAGAGUGCCUGGCUGAGAAUACGCGCCAUGGUCCUGUCUUCACCCAGGAGCCCAGUGACAGUAUUUUCCCCCUGAGCACUGAUGAUAAGCAGGUGUUUAUUAAUUGCAAAGCAAAGGGAAACCCACCUCCGCAUUACCGGUGGAAAAUGGAUGGGGCAGAAAUCAACACAGAGUCAGAUCCAAACUACAGCCUUGUGGAGGGGAACCUGUUGAUCAAUAAUCCUCAUGUCAUCAAUCAUGGAGGAGUGUAUCAAUGCAUCACCGCCAACACCUUCGGGACUGUCGUCAGCAGGGAGGCAAAAGUCCAGUUUGCAUUUCUGCAGAACUUCAGCAAGAAGUCAAGGAACACGGUGUCUGUGAGAGAGGGCCAAGCUGUGGUUCUGCUCUGCGGCCCUCCACCCCAUUACGGAGAGAUCAAAUAUUCAUGGGUUUUCAAUGGGCAGCGGAGCUUCCUGCAACAGGACGCACGUCGCUUUAUCUCUCAGAGGACAGGCAACUUGUACGUAGCCAAAGUUGAAGCCUCAGAUGCUGGGAACUACACGUGUGUGGUGAGAAACAUGAUGACCAAUGCCACAGUGUUCAGCUCUCCAACCCCUGUGGUGGUGCGGAGAGACGUGGUGAUGGGUGAAUACGAGCCAAAGAUUGAGGUUCAGUUUCCCGACACCCUUCACGUCUCUAAAGGAUCAUCAGUGAAGCUGGAAUGCUUUGCCUUAGGAAACCCUGUGCCUUCCAUCUCAUGGAGGAGAGGAGACGGAAAUCCACUCCCUGGCAAGAUUAAAAUCAACCACUCCAGUGGGGUUCUGGAAAUUCCAUAUUUUCGCCCGGAGGAUGCCGGUGUGUACGAGUGUGUAGCCGAAAACAGCAGAGGACGAAAUGUUGCCAGAGGGCAACUUUUAUUCCACAAUGUUGAGCAUGUGCACUGGGUCCAGACACUGAAAGAUGCUCACAUGGCAAUUGAUGCUAAUCUGCAGUGGGAGUGUAAAGCCAUUGGUAAGCCAAGACCUACAUACAAAUGGUUGAAGAAUGGUCAGCAGCUAACAGCAGAGGGGAGGAUCCAUGUGGAAUCUGGUCGACUGACCAUAUCCAGGAUCAGCCUGCAGGACGCUGGGAUGUAUCAGUGUGUGGCAGAAAAUGAACAUGGAGCUGUGUAUGCCAGUGCUGAGCUCAAGGUUGUAGCCUCCCCGCCGGACUUCACCCGGCGGCCCGUGAAGAAGUCCACAGUGAUCCAGAGGGGGGGCGAGGUGGUCUUGGAGUGCCGCCCCCACGCUUCCCCCAGAGCGGCGAUCUCGUGGUGGAAAGGGGGCGAACUCCUGAAGGACAGCAGGAGACAGACCAUCAUGAACGAUGGGACCCUACGGAUCACCAACAUCUCCAAAUCUGAUGGUGGCAGGUACAUGUGUUUGGCCAGAAACCAGUUUGGAACAUCCAGCAGCACAGGGAUGCUGCUGGUGAAAGAGCCGACCAGGAUUCUAGUCCCACCCCUGAGUUUGGACGCCACUGUGGGACAGAGCCUCGUGCUGCCAUGUGAGGUGUCCAGUGAUUCGUCCCUGAGCCCAGUAUUCAAGUGGUUUUUCAACGGGAAAGCCAUUGAUUUCAGCCGGCAGGAGCACUUUGAAAUGAUUGGAGGGGGAUUUGCUGGUGACCUGAUGGUGAGGAACAUUCAGCUGAAGCAUUCUGGGAAGUAUGUGUGUAUGGUACACACUGAAGUUGACACUGUCUCAGCAGCAGCAGACUUAAUUGUCAGAGGACCUCCUGGUGCACCCGAGGGCCUGUUGGUGACUGACACUACUGACACCACUGUGCAGCUGUCUUGGGGCUCUGGACAUGACAACCACAGUCCUGUUACCAUGUACAUUGUCCAGGCCAGGACCCCCUUCUCUAUAGGCUGGCAGACUGUGAGAACAGUUCCUGAUUCUGUGCCUGGACAGAUGAUGCAUGCAACAGUGAAAGAGCUGAACCCCUGGGUGGAUUAUGAAUUCAGGGUGGUGGCAAUCAACAGUGUUGGUGUUGGAGAACCCAGCACGCCAUCAAAACAGAUUCGAACCAAAGCAGCAGUUCCCAAGGUUGCACCAGUAAAUGUGAGUGGCGGCGGAGGAGCUCGAGGAGAACUUGUCAUCAUGUGGGAGCCAGUUCCAGAGGAACAGCAGAGCGGAGAGGACUUUGGCUAUGUUGUGGCUUUCCGCCCACUUGGCAGCAGCACAUGGAUCCAGACAGUGCUGGCUUCACCUGAUGCAUCGAGAUAUAUUUACAGGAACGACAGCACUGCACCCCUGUCCCAGUUUGAAGUCAAAGUGGGAGUGUACAACAGCAUUGGAGAGGGGCCGUUCAGCCGCGUCGUCACAGUGUUUUCUGCAGAAGAAGAGCCCUCUGAGGCGCCAUCAAGAGUUUGGGCCCAUGCUGUGUCAGCCUCUGAGAUGGAGGUGUACUGGGAACCAAUUCCCCCUGGGUCCAGCAGCGAGAAGAUCAUUGCAUAUGAGGUUCUCUUUUGGGAAGAAGGAUCUGAGCAGAGUGAAGCAGAGACAGUGAGGGUUAUCGACACCACAGCGCUGCUCUCCGGCUUGAAGGGCAGCACCGUCUAUCUAAUCUCAGUGAGAGCCCAAAACAGCGCUGGACUUGGACCCUGCAGCCCUGCUUUUAACAUCACCACCAAGAAACCACCUCCAAGUCAGCCUCCAGGGAAUAUUGAGUGGAACCUGACCAACUCAAAGAUCUUUCUGAAUUGGGAACAUGUCAAGGCGAUGGAAAAUGAGUCUGAGGUGACAGGAUACAAGGUUGUGUAUCGUCAGAACUGGCACGGCAGGACCACUGUACUGGAAACCAAUAAGACCAGUGUGGAGCUGCUAAUCCCCUCUGGGGAGGACUACCUCAUUGAGAUCAAAGCUCUGACUGAAGGGGGCGAUGGCACCAGCAGUGGCCCCAUCCGCAUACCAAAGAUGUCCAGUCUUAACUCAAAAGGAUGUGUGUUUCCAGUUCCAAUGAAGAUUUGGUGUUUUAUGAUGUUUUUUGUAUUUGUCAUGAUCAUUUUGUAGCUUCUAUUGCCUCUAUAUUGCGCUCUGAACAUUACAAUAAAUAUAGUUUAUGAUUAUCUUCUAUAUGUAAGAUUUAUGGAAUAAGAAGCUAACUAGAGUUUCUUAACCACUGGUUUGCAAACCAAAACUGGAUGAUGGUGAGCGUUCUGACAGAUUGUCAGAUGCCCACAAAUCUGUGGCUGGACUGUUACUCAAAGGCAACAGCACAGUUACAAAACAUUUUCAUCUGCCUAUUUUCAGGACCACUGCAAUCCUCCAGGAUGUAUGAGUUUGAUAAACAUGGGAAGAUGAAUUUCUUAUCUGUCAUUUUAAGCUGUCCCAGUUUCCCCAUUUCACUGCCUGUUUCCACCUAUUUUGCCUCAAAUUCCAAGAUAUUUCUUGGCUUGCUGUGACCUCUAUGAAUGUUACAGACCAAAAGGUUUCAUUUACAUACUGAACAUAUGCAAUUUGAAAACUAAGACUUCAGUUUAUAUUUAUAUUUAAUCAUCAUUUAGACUUUUGUAUUUUUUUUUAUGAUUGACUUUUUAUUGACUUUUUUUUUAACAACAAAUAUAACAAGCACCAGUAUAUUGUGGGAAAUAUAUCAAUAUUAUACAUGGUCAGGGCUCUACAAAUAGUAAGACCAAGACUUGUUAAAUGUUAAUAAUUUAUACAAAAAGUUCAGUUAUUACCUUUUAUUUAGCCAUUUUCCCCCCACAGCUAAACAACCCACACCUCUAGCUCCAUAGUUAAUGCACAGAUAAAAGAGUGGUCUCAUCCAACUCCUAUUAAUAAAAACGAACAAGCAUAUUUCCAAAAUAUUAGAUACCUACAGGUUGCAAAAGUACCCAGGUGAAAUAAUGCACUCACCCAAUGGUGCAUGUUGGAAAGAAGAGCCUUUGGCUAGCCAACCAUCAACAAUGGUUGAUCAUUUAGUUUCAUUCGAAAUACGUACCUGAUAGUGGCUGUACACCCAUGAACCUCAUAAUUACUAUUUUUAUAAAUGUUUUUGGGUAUGUGUGUUCUUAAAUGUGCAGUGCUUAACACUCCGUAUCUGACAACAACACAAUUUGUUUCAAAGUUAACUCUGAGCUCUAAGAAGCAUUAGCUUAGCUCCUGAGCCUAACCCCAAAACAAAACAGCAGUGUUUUCCUCAAAAUAGUACUCUAUUGAUUCAUAACUCCUCUUACUAACAAUGUUAAGGUCAGAAUGGGCAGAAUUUGUUUUUUCAACAAAAUUUAAAAAAAAAAGGUUUAAAUCAAUCCCGUAGAACCAGACAGUUCAGUGAUAGAUUUGUUGUUUUAUGCUAGUAUGGGCUAAUAUAGCCUCAAGCUGCUAGCCUCAAGUAGAGAUGAGGAAGAAGCUACAGAGGUCUGGUAAUGCACCCAGACUUUUUUCAUUUUCAAACUUAUAGUCUUCAGCCCAAACCAAUGCUGACUCAACUGACACCACUUAAGGCAGUUUAUCAGACUUCUAAACAAGUUGUUCCAAGGGAGGAAUAUACUUCCUGUCUCCUUAGUGGGCCUGGUUGCCUCUCCACUUUCUCUUUUGAAAAUGUUGUGAUUGCAAGCAUAAUGUAUUAUAAUUUCUUCUGCUGACAUUAGAUAUUUAUACAGCUAAAGCUAAAAAUGAGUUAGCUAUGGUGUUCCUGGAAGUUUUGACAGAGUUUUGCUAAUGCUAUCUGUGUUUCGAGAGAGUACGUUGCUGAGACAGAGACAAGUCUCAAACAAAGAAUCGUUUAUAAACCAUCCUCACUUUUUUCAGUGAGCUGUCUCACAGUCUUACCAUAAAAACAUAACUCUCAUUUGCUGUCACUUAAGGAGCAGUGAGAGUGGAAAAGUGACGACUCAGCAGUCCGCUAAACUGUUGCUCUGACUACCAAUGUUAGCUACUCUGUUUCAACAAUGAAAAACACAUGCACGCAGGCCUAAAUUUAACUGUGGUGUUGACCCUUAAACACACUGAUGUAAAAAAAAAAAAAAAAAAAAAAAAAGUAAUCAGGUCAUACAGUUUAUUAAAACGAAGCUUAUUGUGCUCCAUAUUAGUUAACAAUGCUCUCCAUGCUGGAAUUUUUGGGGUUAGCUGUUCAGAUUCUUCAGGUAAUUAUCUGUGAGACCCCUGCCUCUACAGUCAACAUCCCGUGUUUCAUUUUGCAUGAAACAACUUAGGUCACAUGUGUAACCUGAUGUCACCAAGUCCAUCUAAUCAGAAUAUUCAUCAACACAAAUGCCAGCCUCAUCCACAGAGUUGGGACAGUGAAUGUUUUUCUAUGUUGAUUUGAUGCCAGGAAGUUUUGCUUUUAAACAUGUAUGAAGAAACCACCUAAAUGGGUUCUAUAUUGGAAACAGAUUUGGACCCAGAUAAGAUAAAUUCUUCAUGUGUUUAACAAAGCUGUUUUGCCUUAUCAAGUAUAAAACUGUUCUCUUUUGUUGCCACUUCUGAAGAACUGUUUUGUGCAUGUAGUGAGUUUUCAUAAAAUGCUACCACAACUAAGUGCUUACAUAAAGAAUACUGGAAAGUGGAAGAACAAACAACAUUUGUCCUUGAACAAAUUCCAUCUAACAGGACAUUUAUGAACAACCACCUUCAUAUAUAUUCUUAUUUAACUGACUUUAACAGGCCAUCACAUCACAACACUGAAUGAUUUGUGGAUCAUUUCCAUUCAGCAAUGACUGACAUGAUGAUGAACAUAUUCUGCAUUAGGACGCUUCGCUGAUGCAAUAUAGUUAUAGAUGAAUAUUUGUUUCCAGUGAUUUGUCCCCUUCAUAAAAUACUGAUUGAUUAAAGGUAUACGAGAGAAGAUGUUUUUAAUGUUGUGAUGAAAUGUAAUGUACUAUUGUAAUACUUUAGAUUUCAGAUUUUUUUUUGCUGUGUGAUUUUACUUUAUUGCCUUUUUCAUAUUUUGAACAUGUACUCAGAGUCAUUUUUCAUCAUCAGCAUGAUAUUUUUUGGCCACACUUUCCAAUUUAUUUUGAAUAUAGUAUGCUGAUCAUGACUACGGAAGAGGUUGCGGGCCACUUGAGUAGAGACAGGGAAAAUCAGAAGUCAGAUUUUUUUUUCCCAAAGUCAGACUUACUUACUUUUUUUUUCUUACUAAAAUUCUGACUUUAUUCUAAGAAUUCAGACAUUAUUUUCUUUAUCUUUAUUCUUUAUCCCAGAAUUCUCCUUUUUUCUCAGAAUUCAGACAACAUUUUUCAGACAAAAGUUUAAAUUCAAAAUUCUUAGAAAAAAAGUCAGAAUUA